UAAAAAUAAAAUAUAAAAUAUAACUGAUCUAUAACAACGGAAUUAGUUGGCUUUCAAUCAUUUUAGUAUUCGGCUGGUAUUAGAAGCGUGGAGAUCAUAUUUUUUAUUUUGCUGUAUGAGUAUUAUUCGAUCGGCAUGUGGAUUGAGUUAAGCAUUCUAUUGGCUACGGCCGCCUUUGCUAUUUAUCGCUGGGUAACGGCUAACAAUGAUUAUUUUGUCAAACGUCAGAUCCCAUUCGAUAAGCCGGUAUUUUUAAUGGGCAGUUUUGUGGAACUGCUGCGGCGUAAGAAACCCCUCUACGAUGUUGUGAUCGAUUUGUACAACAAACAUGAUGGCAAAGUUUAUGGCAUUUUCGAUCAACGACAACCAAUGCUGCUCGUUCGUGAUCCAGAGCUAAUCAAAAACAUAGCCAUUCGAGAUUUUGAUCAUUUUCUAAAUCAUCGAAAUACCUUCCGCAAUGAUGAAACCGAGGAGAGUCAUAUCUUUGGAUCGUCGUUGAUAUUCAUGAGGGAUGGGAAGUGGAAGGAUAUGCGCAACACUUUGUCGCCAGCGUUUACGGGGAGCAAGUUGCGCAGCACUUUUCUGCUGAUGAAUGAUGUGGCCCAGCAGGCCUGUAGCUAUUUAAUUAAGCAACAUAAGAAAUCCUCCGCUGGAGAGGGGGUGGAAUUGGAUUUGAAAGAUUUUGCCAAACGUUUUACCACCGACAUUAUUGCCACUGUGGCCUUUGGCAUUCAGGUGAACUCCUUCGAUGAUGUCGACAAUGAAUUCUAUUUGAUGGGUAAACGAAUUACCAACUUCUCAUUUUGGACGAAUAUCAAAUUUGUUUUGAUAACCAAUUUGCGGUGGUUGUGUAAGAUUUUAAAAAUCGAUCUCUUUAGUAAAAAAGUCACCGAUUAUUAUAUGGAUUUGGUAAUCAAGACCAUGAAAUAUCGCAAGGCCCACAAUAUUUUGCGUCCCGAUAUGAUCAAUAUGUUAAUGGAGGCCAGAUAUUCGGAAGCCUCCAACAAGUCGUCGAAGUAUCAAUGGGAUGACACCGAAAUGGCAGCCCAAUGUUUGUUGUUCUUCUUUGCCGGGUUUGAAUCGGUAUCCUCUCUCUUGAGUUUUGCCGCCUAUGAACUUAUGGAAAAUCCUGAGGUGCAAGAAAGACUUUUUGAAGAAAUCACGGAGAUCUCAGAAAAUCUGGAAGAUGGAGAACAAUUAACCUAUGAAAUUUUACAACAAAAAAUGCCCUACUUGGAUAUGGUUAUAUCGGAAGUGUUGCGCAAAUGGCCACCCACCCUGGCCACAGAUCGUGUUUGCACCAAGGAUAUUAGCUAUGAGCUGGAUGGGGGUAAAAAAGUGGAAUUAACACCAGGUGAUUCUUUGUGGUUCCCCAUCAUUGCCCUGCACAUGGAUUCGAAAUAUUGGUCGGAGCCAGAGAAAUUCAUACCGGAAAGAUUUAGUCCCGAGAAUAAGGAGGACAUCAAACCAUUUACCUAUAUACCAUUUGGUGUGGGUCCUAGAAAUUGUAUAGGUUCCCGCCUUGCCUUAUUGGAAGCCAAGGCCUUUUUGUUCCAUUUGGUAAGACAAUUCCGCAUCGAACGCUCAUCGAAAAUGUGUAACCCCUUCAAGAUCAGCACCAAGACGUUUGAAUUUAUACCGGAAGGAGGAUUUUGGUUGAAAUUGGUACCAAGAGAAAAAUAAAGAAAUGUGAAUUUUUGAUAAAUAUAAAAAUAAUACUAAGAGCAAUUUAAUGCGGUAAAGGGAACUAA